UGAGUGAUUCAUGAUCUUUUAAACUUUAAAAAUGAAUUUUAAAAUUAAUCACCUUAAUUCGUUUAUAAUUAACAACUAUUUUGAUUGUUCUUUUUGAAAAACGAUUGGUGGUUGUUUAGUGGUAUACGUUUCAUCAUAUAUUUGAUACAUCAGUGGUGUGUUGAUCUCGUAUAAAAAAAAAUUCACAUCAAAAUAAGUGCUUACAGUGGGAUUAGGGAUUAGAUCCUUUGUUAUUUCUUUGUUUCUAGAGCGAGAGUUGUGAGUAAAUAUAUAUAUACAGUCAAGUUUCGAGUUUCGAGUUGUGUUGACCUUAUCAACUGAACUACAGAGCAGAGAGCAGUGUUUGGUUGUACGAGAACAACGUUCAUCGUGAAGGAUUAACCGGCCUUUUACAAUUAUUUUAUUUGUGUUAGCUCAAGCAAUUUUUCAUUCUAUUAUUCAACAAUGCCGAAACUGAUGAACGCGAUCGACGGCAUGACCCUCAAAGAUUUAAUGUCGGAAGAGGGUCUUGUGCUAGACAUGGCUGAUGAGUUAGGAGAGGAAGAAGCUGAUCCAAUUGCUUACAAUCGUAAUGUUCAUUUGACAAACGAUGAGGUGAUAAAAUUUUUGAAUAUGGAGGAGUUUGCUGAAGAAGACGAGGACAAUUCACAUGAUUUGGGUGAAGUAAUGUCACCUUGGUGCAUAAGUUUUGACAAAAUCAAGGCAAAGUCUGAAGACCUUUUGGGAGAUGGAAAAAUUACAAAACUCAUAAGGCAAACAGGAGUUGGGAAUGAUGCUGGAUACAAUUCUCUGGUCACAGUCCAUUACGGAGGAUACUUUGAGCAUCAGGAUGAGCCCUUUGAUUCAACUUUUGCCUUUGGAGCACCGAGAAAAUAUAAUAUCGGUCAGGGUGAAUUAAUCUGGGGACUCGACUAUGGUAUAAGCACAAUGAAAAAACAUGAAACUGCUGUCUUCGUCAUUCAUCCUGACUAUGCUUGGGGAGAACUCGGGUGCUUACCACUCAUACCAGAAUCUGCCGAAGUAGUCUUCAUUGUACGUGUCCUUGAUGUAAUGGAAGGUGGCUCUGAUGACACCAUAACCAAUUCCAAUGGUGAGGCUCGAAAGUUCAAGCAAGUGAGAAUUCGGGCUAUGGCCCUCAUCAAAACUGCUGCUGAGAGCGUUAAGCGCAAUAAGCCCAGACAAGCUAUUAGAGAAUACAAUCGAGCAGCUGAAAUGCUCGAAAAAGUUCCUCUGGAGAAUGAUGAGGAAGAGGAAGAGAUGAAACGCUUGAUAUCAAGAGUUUACGGAAAUUUAGCAAUCUGUUACAACAAAGAAGACAAACCCAGACAAGCUUGCAAGAAUUGUUUGAGAGUACCGAAUCCCACUGCCAAAACUCACUUUCACCACGGCCGAGCUUUGUUGAAAAUGGGUGAAUACAAAAAAGCUUUGGAGCAGCUUCAUAUUUCCUUGAAAAUGGAGCCUGGGAAUCACGCAACGAAACAUGAGAUUCAAUUGGCCAACGAUUUGCAACGAAGAUAUCUACAAUCCGAGAAAAAAUUGUGGCAUAAUUGCUUGAAGCUGCGAUCAGGCGAACAAGAAGUAAACGAGUACGCCCAAGUCGCUAAAGAAUUUUGUGAAAACUUCGUGAAAAAUGAUGCUAUUCUACGUCAACCGUUGCCUGAAGGUCUCACACCCAGAGAGGACAAGUGUAUGCGACAACAAGCGGCACUUUUGGGGCUGAACGUCGUCGAACAUGUUAGAUACGGAAAAGAAAUCACUUACCUGGCAAAGACAUCAUAUACUAAAACAUUAAAUUCUUAAAAGCGAGACGAAGGUCAAGCGGCAGGGAUUUCCUCUACGAACAAAUUUUUAACUAAUAAUGAAAAUCAGAGACCAUGAAUUACUGUUUGUUUUUUUUCAAUUGAUAAUUAUUUUUGUUUUUGUUUUUUUUUUCAAAAUUUCGUAAAGAAAACGUAGAGAAAUGUAUAGCUGCAUAGUGAAUAAUUUUAUCGAACCACAUGAAAUAAAAUUACGUAAGUAAUCCAUGGUUGGGAAAGUGAACAUCAUUGCUUGUGAGUUCGGUAUGAACAGAGAACUGAAAAAUGGAAAUUCCCCGAUAUACGGAGAGAAAAUUUCACUAAAAACUACUAUGGUGCCAUAGGGUUCUAUAUCGGUAAUAUUUAUUAAUUCUUA